AUGCAGAGCGCGCACCCAUCCUUCCCUGCACCACCUGAAAGCCCAGAAUUGCGAACUGUGGCCCUACCGAUUAUGACGCCCGCACGGACUCCUGAAGCUUCAGAGUAUCUGUCAUUGAAGCCAGCGAGCUUCGGAUCGCGACGAUUCUCCUCUGGGAGUGAAAGCGGCCAGGGCGAGACAAGCGUAGUCGGGCUUCGCAAGAGCAUCUCCCCACGCGCACGUGUGUCGCCCGAGGCGGUCAUGCCGUGGUCCAAUACAAUUCCCAACGGCAAGUCGCGCAAACCGUUGCCGACUUCUCGACACUGGGCCGGGAGCACUGGCGACGAGUCGAGCUACGAUCACAGCGACGAUCACCAUAGCGACGAUGACAUCGACCUCGAGGCGGAGAUUGACAGCAACCUGCUCGAGCUGAGCCCUUCAGCUGAGAUGGAGCUCGCUCGCGACAAGUGGGAGCGUAAGAUUGCCGACCUCGAGAUUUCGAACUCGUCGCUUAUGAAUAUCAACCGCAUGCUGGAGACCACCAAGGUCAAGCAGCAGGGCGAGAUCGUCCGCCUAAGACGUGCACUUCGGGAUGCGCGCUCUGGAGUUCCGGAGCGUCCGGUCCUUGAACCUGCCCCACUAUCGGCGGAGGAAGAUCCCGACUCUUCAGGCUCAUGGGGCGACGACGAGAUGGAGGACCCAGAGGUGGAGAAGCGAUGGGACCGGCUACGCGACCUCGUCAGCGCGAUGCGCAAAGCGGGCGAGGAUGCCGUGGAGCGCGGUCGCCAAGAGGUCAAACCGCAUCAGCGCGUGCUGGGGUGGUUGGAGGUUGAGGCGAUGGGCAUUGGGAGAAGCGAGGAUACAACUCGCGCGCACAGCGAGACUCCACAAACCCUGAUGUGA